GAACAGUGGGGCAGCCGGAGAGGAGGCAGAGUGUGAAGGAAGCCCUCGAGGAUCCCUCCCGGGGAGGAGGAAGAGAACCAGUGCCUGGCACCUGGUUCCCACGCGAGGAACUGGCUGAAUGAAUGACUGAAAGGGAAGAAGGGCAUUCCAGGCAGAGGGAACCUGAGGAGCUGAGUAAAGAGAAGCCUUGACACCUGGCCCCUGGCUGCACCGAGAUGGGCGACUGGAGCUUCCUGGGAGAGUUCCUGGAGGAAGUGCACAAGCAGUCCACGGUGAUCGGCAAGGUCUGGCUCACGGUCCUCUUCAUCUUCCGCAUGCUGGUGCUGGGCACAGCCGCCGAGUCUUCCUGGGGGGACGAGCAGGCUGAUUUUCAGUGUGAUACGAUGCAGCCGGGCUGCGAGAACGUGUGCUACGACCAGGCCUUCCCCAUCUCCCACAUCCGCUACUGGGUGCUGCAGAUCAUCUUCGUCUCCACGCCCUCGCUGGUGUACAUGGGCCACGCCAUGCACACGAUGCGCAUGCAGGAGAAGCGCAGGUUAAGGGCGGCUGAGCGGGCCAAAGAGGUCCGAGGCGCUGGCUCGUAUGAGUACCCAGUGGCCGAGAAGACAGAGCUGACCUGCUGGGAGGAAGUGAACGGCAAGGUGGUUCUCCAAGGCACCCUGCUCAACACCUACGUCUGCAGCAUCCUGAUCCGCACCACCAUGGAGGUGGCCUUCAUCGUGGGCCAGUACCUCCUCUACGGCAUCCUGCUGGACACCUUGCACGUCUGCCACCGGAGCCCUUGCCCCCAUCACGUCAACUGUUACGUGUCCCGGCCCACCGAAAAGAAUGUCUUCAUUGUCUUCAUGCUGGCCGUGGCUGGCCUGUCCCUCUUCCUCAGCCUGGCCGAACUCUACCAUCUGGGCUGGAAGAAGAUGCGGCGUCGGCUGCUGAAGUCAGGACGGGCCUUGACCGAGUCUCCGCUUCCUGCUCCUUCUGCCGGCUUGGCCCAGCGCUGCACGCCUCCCCCUGACUUCAACCAGUGCCUGGAGAAUGGCUCCGGGGGGAAGUUCUUCAACCCCUUCAGUAACAAGCUAGCCUCUCAGCAGAACACGGACAACCUGGCCACCGAGCAAGUUCGAGGCCACGAAGAGAUGCCUGGGGAGGGUUUCACUCACCUCCGUUAUGCACAGAGGCCAGAAGUGCCCCAUGAAGUCCCCCCAGGUCACCGCCUCCCGCAGGCCUACCAUGGCGACAAGCGCAGGCCCAGCAAAGCCAGCAGCAAGGCCAGGUCAGAUGACCUAUCAGUGUGACUGACCCUUCAG